AGCGGCGGAGUUGAUCCUGAAUGAAAGUGGCGCGCAGCCCCAGACGUUAUCCGAGUAGAGCGGCUGGAAUCCGGACCUCGGCAGGGAUUCGGACGCCUCGCUCUCCCGGUGCGGAGCGGACCGCGAGGCCCCGGCGGAGGCGGCGAGCGUUGGCGGAGGGCGCAGCUCAGCGUGGCUGCAGGUCAUGGCUCACAACAAGAUCCCACCGCGGUGGCUCAACUGUCCGCGGCGCGGCCAGCCGGUGGCAGGAAGAUUCUUACCUCUGAAGACAAUGUUAGGACCAAGAUAUGAUAGUCAAGUUGCUGAAGAAAAUCGGUUCCAUCCCAGUAUGCUCUCAAAUUAUCUCAAGAGUCUGAAGAUUAAAAUGAGCUUGUUGGUGGAUUUGACAAAUACUUCAAGAUUCUAUGACAGAAACGACAUAGAGAAAGAAGGAAUCAAAUAUAUAAAACUUAAGUGUAAAGGACAUGGUGAAUGCCCUACAACUGAGAAUACUGAGACAUUUAUUCGUCUGUGUGAGCAGUUUAAUGAAAGAAACCCACCUGAACUUAUAGGUGUUCAUUGUACCCAUGGUUUCAAUCGCACUGGUUUCCUCAUAUGUGCCUUUUUGGUGGAGAAAAUGGACUGGAGUAUUGAAGCAGCAGUUGCCACUUUUGCUCAAGCGAGACCACCAGGAAUUUAUAAGGGUGAUUAUUUGAAAGAACUUUUUCGUCGCUAUGGUGAUAUAGAGGAAACACCACCUCCACCUGUAUUGCCAGAUUGGUGUUUUGAGGAUGAUGAAGAGGAAGAUGAGGAUGAGGAUGGAAAAAAGGAAUCAGAACCUGGGUCAAGUGCCUCCUUUGGCAAAAGGAGAAAAGAACGGUUAAAACUGGGUGCUAUUUUCUUGGAAGGUGUAACUGUUAAAGGUGUAACUCAAGUAACAACUCAACCGAAGUUAGGAGAAGUACAGCAGAAGUGUCAUCAAUUCUGUGGCUGGGAAGGGUCUGGAUUCCCUGGAGCCCAGCCUGUUUCCAUGGAUAAACAAAAUAUUAAACUUUUGGAGCAGAAUCCAUAUAAAGUAAGCUGGAAAGCAGAUGGGACUCGGUAUAUGAUGUUGAUUGAUGGCACAAAUGAAGUUUUUAUGAUUGAUAGAGAUAAUUCAGUGUUUCAUGUUUCAAAUCUGGAAUUCCCAUUUCGUAAAGAUCUCCGUAUACAUUUAUCAAAUACUCUCUUGGAUGGGGAAAUGAUUAUUGACAGAGUAAAUGGACAAGCUGUUCCUAGAUAUUUGAUUUACGACAUUAUUAAAUUUAAUGCACAGCCGGUUGGAGAUUGUGAUUUUAAUGUUCGUCUUCAGUGUAUAGAACGAGAAAUAAUAAAUCCUCGACAUGAAAAAAUGAAGGCUGGGCUCAUUGACAAAACCCAGGAACCAUUUAGUGUCAGAAAUAAGCCAUUUUUUGACAUUUAUACUUCAAGAAAGCUACUUGAAGGAAAUUUUGCCAAAGAAGUUAGCCAUGAAAUGGAUGGACUUAUUUUUCAGCCUACUGGAAAAUAUAAACCUGGUCGAUGUGAUGAUAUUUUGAAAUGGAAGCCUCCUAGUCUUAAUUCUGUGGACUUUCGCCUAAAGAUAACAAGAAUGGGAGGAGAAGGGUUACUUCCUCAGAAUGUUGGCCUUCUCUAUGUUGGAGGUUAUGAAAGACCCUUUGCACAAAUCAAGGUGACAAAAGAGCUAAAACAGUAUGACAACAAAAUUAUAGAAUGCAAAUUUGAGAACAACAGCUGGGUCUUCAUGAGACAGAGAACAGACAAAAGUUUUCCUAAUGCCUACAACACUGCCAUGGCUGUGUGCAACAGCAUCUCAAACCCUGUCACCAAGGAGAUUCUGUUUGAGUUCAUUGACAGAUGUGCAGCAGCUUCUCAGGGACAGAAACGAAAGCAUCAUCUGGACCCUGACACAGAGCUCAUGCCUCCACCACCUCCCAAAAGACCGCGCCCCUUGACCUAAGUCCUGCCUGACUUCAGGAUUGAGAGGAAAGAUGAGUGAGGAGAAAUACUCUCACCCCAUUUGCAGCCAGAGAAAUUCAACAAAGAAUGUGACUGGAUAUGGAUACACAUUUGAAUUUUUUUUUAAAGAAAGGUAUUGUAGCCAGGCUGUAAAUAUUUGACGUAUUUGUUUCUUAGUGCUACAAUAAAUACAUCAUGGACUUAAACAUUUUAUUUAUACUUAAUAAACUUAGCCUUACCUUGUGGAAUCUGAACACUGAAAUAUCCAAAAGUUUGAACAAGAUUGAAAUCAAUGAAAAAGAGGCCUUGUUUAUAUAUGGAUAACUUCUACCUUUAAUUUAUAAAGUUAGCGAUCUGGAACUGUGAGCACCUAGAACACUUUUUUUUUUAGAAGUUGUCAUUCAGCUAAAAUUUUCCUUUUAAAAACUUUAGGCUAGUGUUAAACAUUCUUCCUAUCAUUUAUCAUGGAUUUUCUCUAUUUCUGAGAUUCUUGUAUUCAAAAACAAAUGACAAGGUUGUUAAGUAUUGUCUAUAUUAAACAACUUGGUCUGGCUUUAUCAUUUUAAGAAGUUUUUUUUGGAAAUGUAAAAGUGGAAAAGUAAAGCUCCGUUUUGUGAACUACGUCCUUUCUAAAGGAAGUGUGUCGAGUAUUUGCAUCUGCUUCUGUUGUUUGAACUACAGUGUCAGAUCUCCAGUGUCCAUUCGGGCAGUGCUUUUGAGUUUGUUCCUAGAGCUUAGAUACUUCACCUAUUGUUUCCUGGGAGACAUCUUCUUAAAUGCCAGGGUGACUGCUUUACCUUAUGGUGUCAGCACAUUGUACAUUGCAUUGAAACACACAGCUCACUGUGAUGAAAGGAGUGAUAUCAAACACAAGCAGUGUUGUGUUAGUUCCCUCAAACAAAACAGCAAAGGAAAUGCCAGCUGACUCCUUUGAUUAGAAAGUGGCGCCAGUGGAAGAGAACGCUGUCAUGAGAAAGUCCUCUCCACUGCCACGCACAUCAGAGAGCAGGCAGCUGCAGACUGAACAUCUAGAGGCCGAGACGUUCCUCUCCACAGCCAGAAUUCUCUCUUCGUUUUCUUCUGGGAAUGCUAUUUCUGUUGUAUGUCUGAAUUUAAAAACAUGUACUGGUAGAUAAUGGAUUUAAAGAGCAGCUAAAUUGGUCACCUACCUUUGUUGAGAAACUGUUCUGAUUGGUUUUUGAAGGAACUAAGAUAUAACCGAUUAGAGGCUAAUAUAUUUAUUUUUAGAGGUACAGGUUUUAAGUAUGUAUUUAAAGUUUUUCAUGAUCUGGACUUUAUAUACGUCUAUGCAUAUAUAUGUGAGUAUAUGCAACAGUGAAUAUUAUUCUACUAGUCCAGUCAGAUAUGAAAAUCCAAACGACUUGCCUAAUAGACUGAAUAUCUGACAUGAUAUUCUAUAUGUUAUAGCACAGAUGAACCAAAAGUGUAUUUUUAUUCACCUGAGUUUUAAUGUUUUUAAGCAAAGUUUUCUCUUGCAGUGCUUUUCUAUAUGAGAUGGUAUCGUGCUCAGGCAUUUUCUUUUGUUGUCCCCAAGUAUAAAAUGUAUAGUGAAUUUAUCCCAAAUGCCAUUUUUGGAUUUCUCUCCUAGAGUGCUUUUGUGUGUUUGGGUGCUGAAGGGAUCAAAACAUCCAACUGCCACAUGACUGUGGAAAGAUGGAAAUUGUCAAGGUUCCACAGUAUCUUGUACAAAGCAGAUCUAAAAAAAACUCCUAUGCAA